AUGUCCAAAAGAACCGUCUUCACAACAGUGACCCCGCUCCCCACAGGCAUCUCACGCGAAACAGUCAUGUCGACCCUCCACGACCACCUCGAAAUGGUCGAUCUCAAUCCCCUCGUGCAAGAAAGACAUCCCAUCCAACCCCCCGAGACCGCCACAGCCGAGGAAUACCACUGUCAAUGGUACUCGCUCACCGACAAAGUCGCCUAUCUCCCGGGUGGUCUGAUGAGCGGAAAAGUAUCCUACAACGCCUGUUUCCACGAUCUCGAGAAUGGACUGCAAACGCACUGCUAUGCGCCCAUGGGGCUCGUUAUCAAGGGGAAAUGGACUCUAGGCGGUUCGUUGCCAGGAGAGCCGGUGGGGCCCGUGGAGUUGGGUCUGGGUGUGCCGCUGCAGGGGCUGUGGCUGAGAGAGGAUGUUGAUAUGAAGUGCAACAUCAUGAUGACGGGUUUUGUGAAGAAGACGCUGAAGAAAGCGCAUCAGGCACUGGUUGCGAGGAUCCUGGUUCGGACCCAGAUAGUCAGUGGGUCGAAGUUGAAUCAGGCACUGACAGAUAGUCCACGACACAGCCAAAGCCCCUCAGAAUUCGGGUCUCUGCUUAGUGUUAAUAAUUCCAAGUUGGGAUUCAAUCCUCAUCUCUACGGCACGCAAACCCUGCCAUCUUUCAAACCGGAGGAGAACAGCGAGUUAUAUUCCAAAUCAUUAAGUUCGCGAAAUUCUAGUUCAUCUGGUCACCCGGCAAUGGUCGCUCAGCAUGCAAGGGGAUCGUAUGGUUCUCUGUCUAGUAGUCAGACAGGAAGGGCAUCAACUCAAGCAUCUGGUCCCAAUGCCGGACCCCGGAUCUCGUGGAACCAUUUGAACUCAUCGAGAAGUCCGUCAAUGAACCAGGACCCGGUCUACCAAGCUCCCGUAUAUCAAAACCAGAAAGUAUCAUAUCAAACGAGUGA